UCCAACGUUCCCGUUUAGAGCAGCUUCCAUGAUCCACCAUUUUUAAAUGCCAAAAACACCAAAUAAAGAAGAGCAUGUUUGAAUCUUGAUGGUGCUGGUGAUCAACACGAACCCACCCUUCUCUCUCACGUCAAUCCUUUUCUCUCUCCUCUUUUUAAUCCCUAUAAAUAUAUCAUUCUCUACCGGUUGAUCAUUGAUGGGGGAUAACAAUGUGAAUCUCCCACCGGGUUUUCGAUUCUAUCCUACUGAUGAAGAACUCGUAGUUCAUUUCCUUCACAGAAAAGCAGCAAUCUUGCCUUGCCAUCCUGAUGUCAUUCCGGAUCUUGAUCUUCAUCCCUACGAUCCAUGGGACUUAGAGGGUAAAGCAAUGGCUGAAGGGAACAAAUGGUACUUUUACAGCAGAAGAACACAGAGUAGAAUUACUGGCAGCGGAUAUUGGCAAGCUAUAGGGAUUGAUGAACCAAUUUACAGCGCUAGUUCUAACCAAAAGGUUGGGAUGAAGAAAUAUUAUGCAUUUCACAUUGGUGAAGAUGCCAAAACAAAUUGGAUAAUGCAGGAAUAUAGCAUUUCAGACUCUUCUUCUACUAGUAGAUCAUCAAGAAGAAGAAAUUCCAAAAUAGAUUACAGUAAAUGGGUGGUGUGUCGAGUGUACGAGAGUAAUGGUGACAAUGACAAUGAUGAUGGGAUGGAGCUUUCAUGCUUGGAUGAAGUUUUCUUGUCGCUGGAUGAUCUCGAUGAAAUUAGUUUGCCAAAUUAGAUCCAAAAAUUUAAUUUUAGGAUCUAAUUAAGAUGAUGGCUAGCUAGCUUUUUUUUAUAGAUAUUUCCAAUGUUAUUGUUUUCUAAAAAUGUCGUAGAAAAUUAAUUCAAUAUUGUUACGAUGGAAUUAAUUAAGGGAAUUUGUACUUUGGAUGA